AUGUCUGGCAAUGCUUUUCCUUUACCUCAAUUUAUUGAGCAAAUCAUUCAACCAGUGGACAUGGAGCGGUUACUACGGCCCGAGCGGUUUGCUACUGACCCAAACGCCACCAACGCUGCUCAAGAAUGGCGUCACUGGCUCAAGACGUUCCAAAACUUCACACUAGCAGUAGAAGAAAAUACUCCCACCGUGGACAAGCUGCGUCUCUUAAUAAACUACGUUGCUCCACGCGUGUUCGACUACAUAGCUGACUGCACUACGUAUGAUGCUGCUGAAAAAUCCCUAACAGAACUGUUUGUGAAGCCCAAGAACGAAGUAUUCACAAGGUAUGUGCUUGCAACACGACGCCAAGAACCCGGUGAGUCGCUUAACCAGUUUCUUCAGGCAUUAAAGUUAUUAGCUAAAGAUUGCCAGUUCAAAGCAGUGACUGCUGUAGAAGCCUGUGAUAACUAUGUGAGAGAUGCUUUCAUUAAUGGGCUACGUUCUGCCACAAUAAGGCAGCGCUUACUUGAAAAUAAAACUUUAGACUUACAGUCAACCUUUGACCAGGCUCACACUCUAGAAACGGCACAGAAACUUUCUGCCUCUUAUGCUCAGCCAGGGGCUACAAACGCUGCCUUGGCACUCUCAUUAGACUUGGAGGACUCAGGAGGACAAGAAAGUGUAGAAGAAAAAGUUGACACAGUUUCUGCAGCUACAACUAGUGGAUUAAAGUGCAUCUUUUGUGGUCACACUCGACAUCCUCGCAGUCGAUGUCCAGCUAGAGAGGCUCUGUGUAUGAAUUGCAAGAAAAAGGGUCAUUAUGCUAAGGUCUGCCGAUCUCUGAAACAGACUAUCAGUGCUUCAAACACCCAACAUUACGCUGCUUUGCUCGCUACUUUAGCUGGGACUUCGCCCUCAUCCCUCAAUAAAUCAGUCCUUAGCUCUAAGAUCAAUGGUAUUCCAGUCAGUGCACUGAUUGACAUUGGUAGCUCUGAGAACUUUAUUCAUAAGAAUAUUGCCGAGCAGAGUGGGUUACUCGUCUACCCUGACAAUGGGAUAGUUUCUAUGGCUACUGUAUCGUCUCUUCAAAAUCCCUAG